UCUUCACCGGGAAGCUUUCGGGCGUGACUGCGUGGUGACUCUAUCCGCCCGUGCAGAGGAAGGGUUUCUAUUAAUUGCUGGUCUAAUAUCUCCGCCCCACCCAGAUCGUCCGUGUCCUCCCGUCCAGAGCCGCCGCCGGGAACAGAGCACCGUCGCGGUGCCGCCGGAAAUCGCCGCCAGAGCCCGCUCCAGACGAGCAAUCAGCAUGCAGGGCAGCAGCAGCGUGACCGCCUUCGACGACCUGCCCGAGUGGCUCGUCGUUGACGAGAUCCUUGUCCGCUUGCCGCCCAAGGAUGUGCUCCGCUGCCGUGCCGUUCGCAAGUCGUGGCGCAGCGGCACAUCCACCGAUGCGUUCAACCUCGGACACCACUGUCGCCAGCCCUCGCUUCCCAUCAUCCAACACAAAUUGGGCAUCUGCCGCGUCGUCGGAGGCUGCAAUGAUCUAAAGAUACGGCCUGUCAUCCGGUAUGAAGGCUCCUUUACAAAAUUCCAACUCCAAGCCGCCUGUGAUGGCCUCCUCAUCGUGUCGCAGCAAGCCAAUUUCUUCAUCUGCAAUCCAGCCACCCUCAAGUGUGCUUCACUGCCACGUCCUCCACUACGGCCACGCUUCAGUUUCAUCGACGUAGUCGGCUUCUACCGGCACCACACAUCUGGAGAACACCGGAUACUCUGGGUGUCAUACACGAAACCCAUUAGGAUUUACGAGACAUUUCAGUUGCCUGAUUACUUUAUCCACGCGGUGGGAUCGAGCCAGCCAAGAUGCAUCCAAUGGCCGACAGUUUCAGAACAAAAGUAUUUUCCUGCUACCCGGUCUGCCGAUUGUCCGCCAGUCCACCAUCGUGGUAGCCUGCACUGGCUAAUGGGCCUCAACAUAACAGUAUUUGACACCGUAGCCGAGACAUUCCGGCAGACGAGCCGCCCAACACAGUUGGGCGAUAUGGUGUCAUUGUUGGAUAUGGGCGAGGCCCUUGCUUUGUGCCACGUCGCCCCUGACUGCGCCACAUUAGAUGUUUGGGUGUUGCAGGUCUAUGAUGCCGGGACCUGGGGCUUUCACUACCGGAUUGACCUGUUAGGGAUGGAGGCAUCACCACCGAUUAAUUGGAUGUUCCAAUCUAUCCCUAGGAUGGCUCUGAUCAAUGAGCGUGAGCUGUUGAUCCAGAGGCAUAUUCACCAUCUGUUGCAUUGUGACAUUGAUGGUGUGUUUUUAGGUAAUGUGGAAAGCGAAGAGCGUUUAUCCUGCUGGACACUUACUCGGCAUUGCCUCCAAGAGAGCAUGAUUUCACUUCCAUUGUUUGAGAUGCAGGAAGAAGAAGCUGUGAACCAGGAGCCCCCAUUCUCCAUUGUGUUAUAAAGAUGCCGUGCUCCAUGUUAAUGCUUUGUUCUAGUUGUUUGCUGUGCCCAUAGAGUAUCUGUCCCAUAUGGGCCAUGCUUGUAUUCUUACCAUUCAGUACUUUGAUGUUGUAACUUGUAACUUCUAAACAAUGGAGUAUCUACAGAAUCGUUUACUGUUCUCCCCUCUCAUGUUUACUUUCAGCUUGCAAUGUUAAAAACAACGAAUGGCGUGGUUGCAGUUUGGAAUGGCCGAUUCCUCCAUGAGAUGUUAUGGCAUUUUUUUGUUGAAAUGGAUACUAUAGUUAUUCCUUUCUGUAGCUUAAUAUUUUGAUGUUUCAUGUUCAGUACACACAUUGGUCCU